CCUUCUCCAGUGCAUGAGUUGUACAUCUUGGUAGCUGACUGUGUUUUGUUGCUCAGGUGUGUGGCCGAUUAUGGAUCUAAAGAAUAAAGUGACUGUAGUGACUGGAGGAGCUCAAGGAGUGGGCAAAAACUUGGUCGAAAUGCACCUAAAAAAUGGGUCAAAGGUGGCCAUCAUUGAUGUGGAUAAACUGCAGGGAGAGGAGUUGAAGGAGGCACUGGACAAAGAAUAUGGACCAGACAGAGUUGAAUUUUUCGCUGCCGAUGUUUCAUCACAUGAUGAAUUUUCAGGAGCUUUUAAGAAAAUUGAGGAAAGGUUUGGCCGUAUAGACAUUAUGUACAACAAUGCAGGGAUCAUUAAUGAAGUUAACUGGGAGAAAAUGGUUGCAGUAAACCUGGUUGGCGUGAUCAAGGGAACCUAUCUAGCUCUGGAACACAUGAAGGAAAAUAACGAAGGAGUCAUUGUGAACAUUUCAUCCAUCGCAGGUAUAUACGGUAUGCCAAUGACACCCGUCUACACAGCAACUCAAUAUGCAGUGGUGGGAUUCAGCCGUGCUAUAGCAGCUGCUCUCAAGCUGACCAACACUGGAAUGAGAAUCAACGUUAUCUGUCCAGGUUUUGUGAACACCGGCAUUCUGUCUGCCCAGAAUAUAGAAGAGAACAUAGGAGAGCUUUUUAAAUUAAAGGAAAUUGCUGAGAAGUGGAUAGAGAGGAACGGCAUUUUGGAUGUUGAUGACGUUGUCAGGGCCGCCCUUGCUCUUGUGAGAGAUGAGAGCAAGAAUGGAGAUGUUCUGAAGGUUACUACUGAUGGUUUGGAUUAUAUUUCCUUUCCUGAAUUGGCCUGUUAAUUUUUCACCUACCACAGCCAUUGCCAUCCAUUUUGGUGCAGAUUUCUAAUGCCACUGCAUACUAGGCAUACUAAUUUUAAAUUGAUAUUAUAGGCUUCAUCAAAGCUUGUAUACUUUUGUUUGGCUGGAAAUGUACUUAAACCCUCAAGAUGUCGAUUACUUUCUUGGUGAGACAUACAGAAAUGCAAACCUGAGACCUUGAAAAACUGGACUUUGACUUUUAGCCUUGACAAAAUAAAACAUUAUAA